AUGAUCUUCUCCAAUAAUGAUAACAAAAUUUCUUCAUCCAACAAAAAGUACCGAACCAUGAGGGAAUGGCUACAGAAGCGCGUGCGAGAAGCGAUAGCACGACAGAAACUGAAGGACACAGAAGAAAACAUAUACACACAACGGAAGACAACGCCUGAGCGAUUGUGCACAAGACCAGCACGUGUGGAUGUGUCCAAGAUAGAAGUGGUUUUCCUUACACCAAAAACACCUGUUGAUGGCAGACGUGUCUCAUCUCGGCCACCGAUCUUGCCUCCAAUCCGUCCGACACGACCAGACUCGAGCGUUUUUCGGAAUGUCAAUGCAUGGCUGGAAGCGAGUGUAAACACACCACCGCCGCCGCUCAUGGCUGGGAUCUCAUACUGGAAAGAGGCGACAGUUCCCAAUGCCAAAGGUUCGGCAGUUGCUCAAUAUGCUGUGCCACUAUCUGUAGCCUUAGGCGUGACCAGGCCGACAACAGCUACAAGACAACGAACACCAUGUCUCCGACGUUCAGCUAGAAAAGUGCAAGUUCAAAUGCCUUCGAUGCUACGUACAAAAUCUACGCAUCUGCCGGGUAAGAAGCGUAGGAGAAGACAGUCAGUGUGCAUAACUCCUCUGUCUAUUUCCUAUGACAAUGUCCAAGAAGACACCACUUCUCUGCUCAUAACACGAUCGACAUCCUUCCUCAAACCUCUGGUACCGCCACCGAGGCGGCAAAAAUCGGCGCGUCAUGGGUUAUUGAUAUCUGUCAGCGAUUCACGAGAGUGUAUUCCUCCUCGACAUGGCACACCCAACAGUGCAAGAUUUGGUGAUGUGGAAAAUGACCCUGAGCGACAUGUCCACAAGACUUUUAUGCGCCCAGGGCGAGGCACAGACAGCACAAGGCCGUCUACAACAUUGGCAGGCCUUGUUCGUGAAGACUCCGUGGGAGAUUUGUCCGAUGUUCCGACAUACUCCUCCGGCCCACCGCCCCCGUCGUACCGGUCGCGCCGCGAGUCGAUGCUUACUACAUCAUCUUUCGGUUGUAUUGACGGCAUGAACCCGGCGCAGCGACAAGUCAGCCAGCAGCGAGCAGCAUUGCAAGGGGGAGGAAUGAGAUGCAAGCUGAAAAGGCUCGCCCAAAACUUUGCGAUUUGA